AUGGGGGAAACCCGCCCCUUCGCCAACACUGGCAGGUAUUUGUCUUUCUCCCUAUUUUCAGAUGACAAUGGUAAGCCAGAAGAUGGACCAAUAUCUGGACACACCGAAACUCAUCCAUUGCAAGACAUUCCUAAGGAGACCAGGAUCGUUAUCAGUGAAGACCAAGAACUGUUGCAGCAGACCAUCCCAAGUGGGGAAGAUGAGGAGGAGGAGAGCGACAGUGACGAUGAUGACAUUCGCGUCACAAUUGGCAACAUCAAGACUGGAGCCCCAUCUUAUAUGGGGACUCCAAUGAAUCUGAAUCUAAAAACGGGUCGAGGCUACGGAGCACCAGCAUCAGCCAAGUCGCAGCCUAAAGGUAUUGAUUUAGAGGCUUCGGGGAAUAUUAACGGCUUGCCGGUAAUCGAGGUGGAUUUAGAAUCGUUUGAAGACAAACCGUGGAGGAAACCAGGUGCCGACCUUUCCGAUUACUUCAACUACGGAUUCAAUGAGGAAACAUGGAAAGCCUACUGUGAAAAACAGCGCCGGCUUCAGCUGGGCCUGGAGCCUUCGGUCCCCAUCUGCACGGAAAAUAAGAUCACGGUUCAACAAGGAAGAACAGGCAAUGCCGAGAAAGAACCCGAGAACAACAUCGUCAAGAUGGAUUUUAAAACUGAUUUUGUUGCUCUCGUUGGCGGAAGGAUAAAAGCCGGGCCUCCUCCGAACAGGAAGCUGGGUGGGACAAUCGACGUGAUUGGUGGUCAGGCUGGCACCAUCCGGAGGGUGGAAGGAAGGCGGCGCGACAAACACGCUUCUGAAGAAAACCCCAUUCAGGUACUUGGAGACCAUGGGAGCAAACCUCAGCCUGCUCAGCCCCCCCAGCAGCAGCCAUUUGUGCCCCCGGCAGGCCCACCGCCAGCAUUAAGUGGGCCUCCGCCCCACUUUCUCCAUCCUCCUCUGCCGCCAGUUGCCUCCGUCCCACCACCCCUCCACCCUCCAGGGCUGUUUCCUCCCCCACUUGCUCCACCACCAGCUCUCUUGAUUCCAACUCUGGAUGGCCAGCCGGCCAGCUACAGCAACCGGCAGCCACCUCCCUUCGGCUACAACUCCACAGAUUCAGGUUUCAUCACCUACCCGCCCAUCUCGACCUCGCACACUCCCUGGGUGACCACAGUUGACAAGACCUCCAGUGCUUCAGACAGCAGCCACUGGGAAUACUCGGGCUCAAGGAGAGAGAGGGACAGAGAGCGGGACCGGACACCCACCACGAGCGAAUAUAACAAUGACGAUGAGAGAUACCGUUAUUAUAGCCGGGAACGCAGUUACGAUUUUGAGCGUGACUACCGCCGGAGUAGAGAUCGCAGCCGGGAGCGUGAAGAUCGUCACCGGGAAAGGAGGCACAGAGACAAAGAAGAGAGCAGCAAACAUAAAUCGUCACGGCGCAAGCAGCACGAGAGCGAAGAAGGGGAGAGCCACCGUCGACACAAGCACAAAAAGAACAAGCGCAGCAAAGAGAAGGAGGCGAGCGAGGAUGGACUUGCAGAAGGAAACGAACAGGAUGCCAAGGAGUAGCACAUU